CCGUAUCUCCUCUUUUUGCAAUCAAAGCAACUUUUAUCUUUUUAUUCAUAUAACCUUCGAGUUGGCUGAUGUGAUGCUAUUCAAGACAAGUGCUUCUAACAGAAAUCCUGCUUCUCUGUGCGGCAAGCUGACGUGUGAUAAAUGGAUAAGGUCGCUGUCAGAUUCCGUAUCUUGCAGUAUUUUGCAUAAUGAAUGCUCACCGAGUCAGCAUGCAAUGUCGUAAGGAAGCCAGCAUAAAUCUGGCGAGACCUCCUUGUUAUAAUGCUCUUUUGUUCCCUUUCUCUGCCUGUUAUUCUCUGGUAGAAAAUGAUUCAAUUUGUCGUUGAUUCUUCUCAACACUUUCGUUGCUUACACAACUCAGCCGAGUCGCGUUCCCACCAAAACUCCGUGCCUCGGCUCCUUCACUAAUCGAUAGUGGCAUAUCUCACAAAAGAGCUUUGAACUUUUCAAGGGGCAAUUAACCUCAGGGCCUUGGACACUCACUACCUACGGCAUCCUCGGCGUUCGUCACAGGCUUCCUUGAUUGGCAAGUCACCGUCGCACGAGAUAGCGCGGGUUUUUAUUAACCGCAACCGGUUGAGACAAAUACCGACUGAAUCCCAUCCUUUCAUCCCUCAGGGUUAUCGCGAACACCACAAUCGCUCAUCAUGGCCGGCGCAAAUAAGAAAAUGUUUGGGCUUUCCCAUGUGGUUCCUGUCAUCAUGCCUCUCGCUCUAGGUUCUGCUGGAUAUGCUGCCUAUCGGGUCAAUUGGGGUCCUCUGAUUAAGGCUUUCCUCACAGGACCUGGCCGGACGUCGCGGAUCCUGUUGCUGUUGUUCGUCGUGUUCAACUGGAAGAGCAUGCCCUUUGCUUGGACUUACCGAGUCUUCUACGUGAUCUUCUACCAUACCUUCUGGCGCAAAUCGCCAAAUCUUGGACCCGAAGCCCUCUUCAAACCCAUGAUCUCUACCACCCACGCCCCUCUUCUCGAGAUCGACUACAACUUACACAAGUCUAAUUCGACCUAUUUCGCCGAUCUCGACGUCUCACGAUCUCACCUUGUUACAUAUCUCUGCCGCGCAUCCUAUAUUACACUCGCCCAAAACACCAAGACGAAGAUUGUCCUAGAUCCCAAGACCGAUAAGCCUAUCAAGGGCCAGAUGAGCAUCAUACUUGGUGCUGUCGAGUGCAGCUUCAAGCGCGAGAUCCCUGCGUAUAAAAGCUUCGAGAUGUGGAGUCGCAUUCUAUGCUGGGACCGCAAGUGGUUAUACAUCGUGACACAUUACAUCCCCAAGGGAGCUGCUAAGCCAACAUCAUGGCUUGACCCCACGUUCAAGAAGGUUUCUGCGCGAGGCCCUCAAGAUGCUGCCGGUGGAUGGGAGAAGAAGAUCUAUGCUACGGCCAUAAGCAAGUACGUUUUCAAGUUGGGUCGCUUUACUGUGAACCCAGCCAUCAUGCUUGGCGGCGCCUCUGGUCUACUACCUGAGCGACCUGGAGGUUGGACAUCUGGUGAACAGCAACUCGGCGAUCUUUCUGCUGAUGUCUCAGAUGUGGACUUGGAUGUCCCUGGAGAAUGGGAUUGGCGACGUGUUGAGGCGCAGCGACGUAAGGGUAUGGAGUACGCAAAGCACUUCCAGGAGCUCGAUAACUUGCAUGACUUGUUUGAUGGAGGCAAUGAAGGCGCUCUUGGCAAAUUCACACCCUAAAUCAAGCGAGAUAGAAUGUGUCAGACCAGACAAAGUUGGAUAAAUAGAACUAGAACAUAUACGUGGGCAGCAACCCGUCCUUAGAUAUCGGCGUUGUAUAGACGGAUCGUCAGAGCUAGAAGGAAAACAGGGUGGUAUCUUGAGUGCCUCAUCGGUAGGCACCUUUAAUGAAUAUAUGACGCUUGAAGACGGCAUCGAAGGCUACCAAGACGUAGACUAGAAGAUCAUGAAAAAAAUCUCUUAGGUCGUUAUCCCAGCCUCAAUACAUUGUUCAGUCGAACAUACGGAGGGAGUAUGAAAGAUUUUUAAGUGGAUUUCUUUGCAAAUCGUCCAUAAGAAAGUAUGGUAGGUCGGCUCCGUUGAACAGAAGACAAAAGGCCUCGCAGCCUAGAUUAAGUUCAAUAUCACAUCAAAAGAUCAACAGUCAAAGUGGCAGCUACUAUCUAUCUUGGCAUCGACACCCGUCCCCUAAACGAGAAGUUUGAAGUUUUUCAGUUGACAUAAUUUGGUGGUCCACAACGUCAGGUUUUCUGACUCGGUGCUUGACUCUAUGUUUGGUCAUCAUCACAAAAACUUCAACCCAUCUCAUCCAGGUUCGAGUCUCUCCCAAAGAGGGGAACUUCCAGCGAAGUUUAGAGUGUAAAAAAGGAAAAGACCGUCACCCAAAGGUCAACGGGAUGCCGGCCCCUCGCAUCAAGAAUGAGCCCCAUCGAGUAACCCAGCUUUCGCCGAGCAAUCGCAUACCUAUCAAUCUCGACAACAAAUCCUCUGCGACCCGAUACCACACGCGCGAGCACCAAGCGUCUACCAACCAUCAACCUGCCAGACGACUCGUCUGUCGCGAAACCAACCAAUCUCUCGGCAGCGGACUCAUAUCUUCAUCCAAGGGGACCGAUAGCGGCAGAGAACGCGAUUCAGAGCCUUUAACAAACUGAUGUAGCGGAGGGCAGGGCCGGUGCAGGACGCGGGCCUGGGUGCAGAAGUCAGCCGCUGUGCUUCUAUGGCGGCGCGUUUCCGCAAGCUCCGUCGAAACGAAGAUGUCCGGGGACUUUCUCCCAAAGCCAGAAAGAAUGCGAGACGCUGCGAUAAAUCGCAAUGUCUCUGUUUGUAAGCUUCGAAUGGCGAUUUUUUGAGCGAGGGGCGCGGAUGAACAGAAGAAAGAAG